AUGUCUACGUUCGCUAAAUCAACCUUUAACGCACUUGUAUACUCGGCAUCUCGUCCUACGUAUCCUACAGAGCUCUUUGAGCAUAUAUUCGCGUUCCAUCGAGCGGGGAAGAACGCGCAAUGGGAAAGAGCAGCGGAUCUCGGGUGUGGGACAGGACAAGCUACAUUGCAACUACAUCCGUUCAAAGAAGUCCUUGGAGUAGAACCGUCUGCUGGUAUGCUUGAAAAAGCGCGUGCCUAUGCCGCAUCCAAAGUGGCAGAUCCAUCCAAGUUCAAAUUCGUCCAAGGCUCAGCCGAGGAUACAAGCAAAGCGAUAGCAGAGAACAGUGCUGAUCUUAUCGUUGCGGCUCAAGCUGCACAUUGGUUCGACUGGAGCAAAGUAUGGCCAGAGACCUACCGCGCUCUCCGUCCAGGAGGAACUGUCGCAUUCUGGAUUUACGCCGAGUUUCGUCUGCCCCAGUUUCCAACACUGGGCGAGAAAAUCACUGCGUAUGCCCAGGGUACCGACCCCAAAGCAAGUGUAGGGAGCCAUUUUCAACGUCCAGGACGAACUAUCCUCGAAAGGCACCUGGUAGAUGUCCCGGAACCCUCUGAAUUUGGUGUCAAGCUGGAGCCUCUACACCGAGUGUUCUUCUGUGGUGACGAGGUUCCGCCCUUUGUCCCCAAAGAAUCUCCUAUACACCCUGUUCUCAUGCGAACAGAGAUGCGAUGGCGGGACCUACUAGCUUACUUCAGGACAUGGAGCGCGUUACAUACUUACCACGAACGAUAUCCGGAGGAUUUGACUUCUCCUGAGGAUACCAGAUUCCUCGAAGAAGAUCUCUCCAGCGAUUCGGAGGACACGAGUAAGUGCCUUGUCGUGUUCGUUAUCUGCAUGUCGGCUGAUUCGUGCAAAGGCGACGUACGAGGAGGGGACAUUGCUAUUCGAUUCUGGAAAGACCUCCGUGAAGGAGCGGCAAAGACAUCCCCUGGUGCGACGGUAGGGAUCAACGAUGUGGUCCGCGUGGAAUGGCCCGUCGCGUUGAUCAUGACGCGUAAAUCGUGUUGA